GCUGAUUUGACAUAAUUUCAACGCAGUAUGUGACCUGUCACUAUCAGCCUGAGCGUGUAGCUUUUGUAUUCACUAUCACACAUGUGGUACUUGCCGAAGUAAAGUUCACUUCUAGUGUUAGUCAGCAGGGCUAGCCACCAACUAGCUGUUAGCACAGGAUUAGCCCUGCUAACAAUAGCAAACCAAUGUUAGCUUACGGUAGAAAUGUGCUUUACACUUCCAUGGCUAACUGGUGUUAAUUAACCAGCUGUGCUCUUCACUAUCCAAGCUUGUGAUCAGGACUAAUGGAGACAACGGAAGUUUGUGAGAUUGAUGUGGCUACCAGAAGAAUAGUGGGAGGCAGUGAUUCGCCACCCGACCUGGACAGCCCGUGUCAGGAGGAGGUUGCAGAGUUUGGUUUGGGGUUGUGCUGCGCUGAGGAGGAAAGGGGGGAAACUCCAGGCAGAGAGGACAGUCCCAGCGACCUGGGGGAGGCAGAGCUCGACCCUGGAGGAGACCCCAAGACUGGAGAGGACAAGGGUUUUGGGAAGGAGGUUGUUCUUUUGAUGCAGGCCCUGAACUCCCUAGCCACUCCUGAGGAGAAACUGGCUGCUUUGUGCAAGAAAUAUGCAGACCUGUUGGAGGAGAGCCGCUGCAUGCAGAAGCGACUAAAAGCCCUGCAGAAGAAGCAGUCUCAGAUUGUAAAGGAGAAGAUCCACCUGCAGGGGGAGCACAGCAAGGCCAUCCUGGCCCGCAGCAAGCUGGAGAGCCUCUGUAGGGAGCUGCAGAGACACAACAAGACACUGAAGGAGGAAAACGCCCAGCGGUCCAGGGAGUACGAGGAGCAGCGGAAGGAGGCCAUGCUGCACUUCCAGAUGACCUUGAGUGAUAUCGAGGUGCAGAUGGAACAGCAUAGCUCCCACAACACCAAGCUGAGGCAGGAGAACAUGGAGCUGGCCGAGAAGCUCAAAAAGCUCAUCGAGCAGUACGAGCUCCGAGAGGAGCACAUAGACAAGGUGUUCAAGCACAAGGAGCUGCAGCAGCAGCUGAUGGACGCCAAGCUGCAAAGAAUCACCGAGAUGAUGAAAGAAGUCGAGGAGAAGCAGCAGAGAGAGAGAGACUUUCUGCUGAAGGACGCCACAGAGUCCAGACGUAAGUGUGAGCUGAUGAAGGAGCAAGAAACACAGCUCAAACAACAGCUCUCCCUGUACAUGGACAAGUUUGAGGAGUUUCAGAGCACUCUGGCUAAAAGCAACGAGGUCUUCACCACUUUCAGACAAGAGAUGGAGAAGAUGACCAAGAAGAUCAAGAAGCUGGAGAGGGAAACGACCCAGUGGAGGACCAAGUGGGAGAGUAACAACCAGGCCCUGCUGCAGAUGGCCGAGGAGAAAACUCUGCGUGACGGACACUUCAAGGCCCUGCAGGGGAAGCUGGAGCUGCUGGAGAGGCUGUGCAGAGCCCUGCAGAAGGAGAGGAACGACCUCAACAACCGUCUCAGCCACCUCCAGGAGCAGGGAGACAACGGGACCAUAGCACCUGCUGAAGCCCAGCCACGGGAGCCCUCGGAUGGGGAGGAGGAGGGGCAGGAGGAGGGGGAUGGGGAGGAGGAGGAGGAGGAGAGCUUGGCACGGUGCGACGGGCUGGAGACAGAGGGCAUCCACCAAGCUCCCAGACCACCUGAAAUGGACCCCACACCGGCUGCUACUGACAAAACCACUACUGCUACGACGACAACCAGCCAGCCUGCAGAAACUCCAACCACACAGCAAGACUGACCGAGCCUACACGGCCUGUGUGUGUAGGUGAGAAGGGUGUGAUAGGGCUCCACACACCUCCAGCCUAGUUCUAUAACUAGCCAGAAAAAAGUAUCUUAUAAUGGAGAUAGAGAUUUCUUUUUUUAAAUUCUGACUUGCCUCUCCAGGUCUCUACAUUGAAACUGAACCCAUAUCUUUUUUGUGCGAUAGUUUUAAGAAUAAAAUGAUUGUAUCAAGGAUUGUAUUCUAAAACUUUGCCCACGUUUACAUUGGUUGUAAUAAUUGGCUUUGUGGCGAGCACUUGGUACUCCCUGUUUUCUACCAUAACUGUAUUUUCAUAUGGAAUUUCCAUGCAGUCAAAUUGAAGCUGUUCAAAGUCAAAUUGACCUUUAAUUUCUCUCUUCACAUGGUCUCUCCCUGUAGUGUCAUAUGUCUCAUUGGAAAUUCUAGUUUGAUUAAAUUCAGAAGUGGUUAUAUCACA